CCUCAUUUUCUCCUGCUGCUACAACUAAAAAACAUUUGUAUGUUUUUGUUUUUCUAGUGUCACGGAAGUAAUAUGAAAUUGAUCAAUCUCGUACUUGUUUAAUAAUUUUAAUAACAAUGGAUGCUUUCUUGAGGGCCGAUAGAGUGAGUUUGGUAGCUGCUCUAGGUGCUGGAGUUGUUUUAGGAAUCAGCGGAAUAUAUUAUUAUUAUAAAGUAAAUAAAUUGGUCACUAGAAAAAUAAAUCACUUAUCUGGUACUGUGGAUAGUUUAAGAAGGGAAUUAGAAGAAUUAAAAUUAGCGACUAAUAGCUCUAGAUUAGAAAGGGAAAAAUCGCACAGAUCAUCUGCUGCAAGAGGAAAUACUGCAAGUUCAUCAACUGCUGGAAACAAAUUUUACAGCUACACAAAUAGUAUUGAGGAUCCUGAUGAAGAAUAUUUCGACUUUACAGAUACAGAGGAUUUUCCUGGAGUAUGGGCAAGUUUAAAUGGUUCUCAGGAAGAUUUACGUGUGGACAAAAAUGUUGAGGCUUUACUUGAAGAAUUAGAUGCGCUUUUAGAUUCUGAUACUUCUGAUAGAGAAUAUGUGUAUAACCGUCUUUGCUCGAUGAAAAAUGAGUUUAUGGAUAAUCCAGAUUUUCUCUGGAGAUUUUCAAAAGCAACUCAUCUCUAUGGCCUUGUCCUUCAAAAUCGAAAUGAGAUGGAAAGAAGAAAAGAACUAGCCUUUGAAGCUUGUGAAUAUGCAAAAAAGGCUUAUGAAAUAGAAAAAAAUGAUCCAGAAAUUCUUAAAUGGUUAGCCAUAACAAUGGGCUGCAUUGGUGAUUUUGUGGGAACUCACGAAAGAAUUGUGAAUGGACAUACUUUUAAAGAAUAUGUUGAUAAAGCACUUAUUCUGAAACCUGAAGAUCCAUCUUUACAUUACAUGCUUGGUCGUUGGUGCUAUGAGGUUGCUAGCUUAUCUUGGAUUGAAAGAAGAGUAGCUGCAACUUUAUUCUCCACCCCUCCAGAAGCUACUUUAGUUGAUGCCAGAAAACACUUACUUGAGGCGGAAAGACUGAAGCCUGAUUGGAAAGAAAAUUUAUUAUAUUUAGCUAAGACUUACAUAAGUGAAGGAGAUUAUCAUACAGCUAUGGAUUUAAUUGACAGAGCUUUGAGCUUACCUGUGAUUAAUGAAAAUGAUAAUUUAAUUCAAAAUGAACUUGAAAUUCUGGAGCGUAAAUAUCAGACAUAUCGAGAUGAAGAAGAAGAAGAAGAUGAUGAAGAAGAAGAAAAUUAGAAGUACUUGAAAUGGUUGUGCAUCUCAGAGGCAAAGCAUCUAAGAUGGAGCAAUUAUGGGUUUUCUUCUUUUUCUUACAAAUGAAAAUUUAUGUUCACUUUAUACUUAGAGACUUUCCAUGAAAAAUGUUUUUUAUUAAAAUACGAAUGAAAUUUGUCUCCUUUUAACUGUAUAUAUGUCUAUAAACAUAUAUAUAUAUAUAUUUAUAUGUAUAAUUUAUUGAUUAUUAUCAAAUUCCUGAAAUAUUGUUGAAUUUUAAUUUUAAAAAAUUCAAUCUUCCUUCUAUUAAUUACGUUUUUGUCAUGCAAGUGAAAAUGCAUGCCAGUAAAUUGAAACUGGUUGAUUUGUUUUUAAAAAAAAGGUACACAAACAAUACUUUUGCACAGAACUCUUCAAAGUGUUCAUACGUCAUCUCACACUAUGCUUAAGGAUUUAUUUAUUUUUUCAUUUUAUUUUUUUUAUAUGAAAGUUAAUUAUUUAAUAAUUAUAAAUAUAUUUAUUAGUGCUUUAUCAGUACAAUUAUGUGUAUUUUUUUCCUCUCUCUUUAAAAGACGAAAAAUUUGAUUUUUUGGGAACAAAAAAAAACUGCUAAAAUGUUUCAUAUCGCAACUAAAAUAAUUUUAUUUUUUGAUAUGAAACUUUAAUAUUAUCAUUAUUUGUGAAUUAUAUCUGUUUUAUUAUAAUCAUUCAUUUAAAAACUUUUUAAAUUCAUUUAUUCUGCUGAGAUUUAGAUUUCAUUUCUAAUAUAAUUGAGUUUUAAGUAAUUAUUUUAAUUCAUAAUCAACUGAAAAUUCAGAUACCAGAAUCACUGCCAAAAGCAUAGUUUUUGUAUCAAUUUAUAUUCAUUGAAUUUGUUUACUUAAAUUUUCCGAGCAUUCAAUUUACUUAAAAACUGGUUUAAACUUUAUUUUAAACGAUAAAUAUUCGUUUUUGAAAUUCAUCUCUAUUUUUACUGAAUUUGCACCUGUUGUUAAAUGUAAUGCACACAAUGAUUUUUAGCUACAAACCAUAUUUCCUUGUAUGAAAAGUAAUAAUUGAGUAACAAUAUUAAUUGAAAGCUGUUUUUUUUUUAUUGUUAUUCUUACUUUUAUUGCUGAUUAUGAUUUUAUUUUAUUUUUUAUCCUUCAUUUUAAGUACAAAUUGUUGUGCUUUGCUUUUUUUAAUUUUUAUUACCUAGUCUUAACUUAUUUUUGACCUAAUACAGAUAUUCUUGUUUCCUAUUAAUUCUGUUUCUAUUAAUAAAUUGAUUCUGCGAAAGGUUGAAUUUUUAAUUAAUCAGGGUUUGAAUAUUUAAAGUAGGUAAAACAGAAUGUUUCCAGCUUUGUUCAAACAGAUAUUUUAAUUGUUUAUCAUUUUAUUUCACUAACUAAAUUAUUUAGGUUUCGUAAAUUCCUUAAGAAAACAUAUUUAUUGAUGAUAUAAUAAUAAUAAUGCACACUACACUUUUGUCUUAAAUCUUAGACAACAGUGGCAUAUCAUUUAAAUAGAAUUUUGUUUGAUCAUAUUAAUUGAAUAACCUUUAUGAUAUCGUUUUUUAAAGCAAAUAAAUCUUUAUCACAUGGUGACCAUAGUUUUUAAGAUCUGUAUUUUAAAAUUUGGAAUAAAUAAAUAAAUCUCUUGGCAGGCUUGCUAAAUUUUCCAAAUUUUGUUUAUAUAAAAUGAUUUUUUUUUAUAGCAUAGUUGAAUGAAGCAUUUUUCUGGAAAAGUUUCCUGUGUGUGAAAGAAAUGUUAGAUUGUGACUGAAUUGUGUCUGUUAGAAAAAAAAAUUGCUGAAUUAUUUAUGUUAAAAAGAUAUAAAAUUUAUGGUAUUGUUAUUAACAGGUUUGUAUAAUUGUAUGCUCUUAACUGUUGUGAAUGAUUCUGUGAAAAUAUAAAUGUUUGAAAUGUUAUUGUGAUUAUAUUUAUGAAUUUGUUUAAUAAUAUUGAUUGUUAUCAUCUAUUACAAAAGAAGCAUUCCUAGCCAAACAAGUUUUAGUUACAAUUUAGAUCAAAUUGUUGAUUGUAUUUGUAUAGCAGAGUCAGCUAAGUCAAAACUGUGAUAUACUUCUGUAUACUUAUUUGAGCAAGUCAUGAAAAUCUACCUCUUAUCUCCUCCUCCCCUUUGCACUCCUAAUAAUGCUACUUUAAAAAAAAAAUGUGAUUUUUUUUUCAAAAAAAUGUCGUGUUUUACAUUUUGAUGAAAUAUAUUUAUUUACAUCUCAAUUUCAUCUGUGUUUUGAUUCAUAACUUUCCUUUUAAAAACAUAAAAUCCUCUGAUCAAAAGAAUUUUGUAGUUCCUUCCCCCCUCCCCUUCCCAUACCGAAUUAUAAAAUUUUCAUUUUUAUCUGUGAUUUUUGCAAUGUCUUUAUGUUUGGUCAAUUGAAAUGGCAUAUGAAUUUUUAAAUAUGCUUUGAUAGAUCUGAUAUAUGUAAUUUACUCAUGAAUUUAAAAUAUCUUUAGACAUAAUUUAUUUGAUAAAAAAAGUAUCCUAUUUCUGUUAUAUAAAAGUAUUUGAAUAUUAGACUGAAAACUACAUUCUUUAAUACUUUCAUGUAAAUUUUAAAUAUAUUUAAUAAUGAUUUCAUUACUCAUUAAUUAUUAUACUUAUUCACCAUUCAUAAUCUUUCUAGAUGAGAAUGAUACAUACAUAAUUAUGAUACAGUAUUUGCUUUCAGCUUGUUAUAAAAUCAAUUAUUUUAUUUUCUGUAAUGAUAUAAAAUAAUUGUUUUUAUUGUAUUAGAUAUUCAUUACAUAGAAAAUUAUUUUCAUAAAUUAUAGUCUAUGUAUUUUCUGUAGGUGGUUCAAGGUCACAUUUUCUACUGUGUUACUGGUACCAGACAACCAAUAACGAGGUAGAAAAUAUGAUCUUGAACUGCCUACAGAAAAUGCACAGACUAUAGUAUAUUUUUGCAUACAUUUUAAAGUCAUUUUUAAAAUUAAAUUUAUUUAAAUAAAAACAAAAUAUUUUUCUGCAUUAUUUUGCAUGAAAUUUAUGUUUUAAUAUUUAUUUGUAAUUUACUAAUCAAAUAAAAGUUUUAAUUUACUAAUUAAAUAAAGUUUCUAAUAUCUUAGAAAUUUGAGUUACCAUUUAUCUUCAAAUUGUUUAGAUUUUGACUCAAAGAAAAGCUCAUAAUUUUAAAAUUUAGUAUUAGAAAUUUGUGAUAAGAAAUUAUGAAAAAAAAAAUAUUCCAAAAAAGAAAAUUGAAAAAAAGAAGUACAUAAUUUAUAUAUGUGUGUGUAAUAGUUGUGGUAAAUUAAGAGGGGAAUUUAUCAGUUGGAUCAUAUCUAUCAUUUUUCGUCUUUGCAGUUAUGGGAAAUUUUAUGUAACAAUGAUUUCGCGAGUAUAUUAUCAAACCAAAAUCACAAAACUAAAUGCCAUGUUCUCAGAGAAAAGGCAGUUAUCAAUGUGGUCUAGCUUUGAUAUAUUUAAAAUGAGAAUUUUUGCCCCAUUCAGGAAAUAAAAGUAUAGGAUUUUGUUGACAUUACAAUUAUGUGGGGUUUAUAAUGUUAUUUACUCUGCCAAAUAGAUGCCUGACAGUUAAAGUUACAAUGAUUGCAAGGCAAAGAGAGAAAAAAACCCAAAACUUGUAAGAACUUAUAAAAAUUAAAGGAACAGUUUUUAUCUUUUUCAAUUUGAAUAGUGGAAAAGGAAAUUAUCAUGGACUUCUUUAAAAUGAUUUCUUUCAUGAUUACAGAAAGAGUUCCAUUUUUAUCCAUUGUUAAGAUUCUUUGUUAGAAAAUUGAUCAGUCAGAGACACAAGAAAAUUUGAUAGAAAGCAAGAAAAUCAGAAUUUAUAUAGCUUCAGAAUUGAAUUUAGCUCAGGCAGCACUUGGGUUUUCAGUUUGCUGAAAUUCAACAAAGGGGAAAAAAAGACCUUACAACAACUCAGAAAUGAAAGUAAAGUCUGAGUUUGAGCAGCUUGAAAAAAAUUAUUUCUACGAUGCAGAUAAAUUGAAAUUAUUUCUCACACAUAUUGAUGGAACAGUGAAAUUAUUAUUAAAUAAAUUAGCAUUAAUAUUUAUAAUAUCAUAAACUUUCUUUUCAAAAAAAUUUUUAUUUUAAAUCCCCUACAUAGUCCUCCUCCCAUACUCAUCAUGCUUUUUCCCACAGUAAAGGUUUUUUUUUGCUCAUUCUGUUUUUUUUUUUUUUUUUUUUUUUUUACUGGAGUUGUAUUAAAUAGAAAGAUUAAUUUGCCAAAUACAGAAUAAAAUGUUGUUAGACUUGCUAAAUGUGAUGGUGGAUGCAGCUGACAUCUCACAAACUAUUUGUUCUCAGUAUUCUUGAUGAAGGGCAUUCUGCAUUCAAUGCUUGUUCUCUAUUUUAUAUAUGUUGAUGUUAAUACUACGUUAAAAAAAUCUUAAUGUAUUCCAUGCACAAAAAUAGAAUACAUUAAUAAAUGCAUACAUUAUGUCCGGAUUAUUGAUGUUGAAUCUGCUGUUCUAGUUCUAUUUUACAUUGUUUUUGCACUGAAAUGCUUUUUUUAUUAUGUUGAGAUUUUUCUAUUCUGUGGAAAAAAAAUAGGUGAAAUGAUUAUGUGUUUUUGUAUUAUUAAUUUAUGUUUUUACAUUGUGGAAAUUGUGAAUUUUAUAUAUAUUAUUGUAUGUGCAUGUGUGUUUUAUAAGUGUGUUAUAUAUAUUUUCUGAAUAAACAUAAUCAUUCCACAUCUUUAUUGAUACCAGAUGUAUUUUUAUUUUUAUUUAUAAAAGCAGAAAUAAUGUAUAGUUCAUGAAAAAUCAUUUUCAUAACUGGUCUUGGACCUGUUGAUUAGAGUAGACUAUUCAGAUUCUUUCAUUUAACCCAAAACUAUUCCUGAAUUCUAUCAACUAUUUUUUAGAAAAUAUCUAUAUUAUCAUUUGUAUUGAAGACAGUGGUAUGAGAAGUAUUAAAUUUGGUAAUUACUGUGUAAUAAAGUGUUAAAAACUGGACCAUGAUUGAAAAUGUAUUACAUAGAAAAUGUUUAAGGUUG